AUGUCGAACCUCACCGUUGGUGAGUUUUAUAAAGAGCUCGUCGAUUUCAAGUCACGAGACUUGGAGACUGUGGAAGGCACAUUCUUUAUUGUUGCUUUCAUUUAUGGACUCCUUCUUUUCAUUCAUUUCUGCCUCCAAAAAUACCUGAAGACCGCCAAAGAAGAGACUGACCUGGAAAGUGUUCGUUUCCGUAUAAACUCCAUCUACCGUUGGCACGAAUGGGUUGUGAGAGUGAUGAUUGUCUUGUUAUCCGGUUUCGCGUUGACCAGACACCUCGGCUUCCAGUGGGCUUUUUAUAUUUUUAUCACAUCUACACCUGUCAUUGCUCUCGUCAAAAUGCUCAAUGAAAUAUUCACAAUCGUCAUCUCAUUCUUCUCAAUCACCGUAUUCUUCUCGGACCUUCCGGAUCACGCCAGAAAUCUUGUUCAGCUACCGAAAUACUUCUAUAGCUCGUUGAUCCUUGUGGUUGCUCAAAUUGUACUUUUCAAAGAAUUUUGUAUGCUGCUCUGGGUCAUCCUGAUGUACUUUUUGAAUAUCGACUAUGCAGUGGAGUUCUUUUCUCACUACAUCGGACUUUACACAUCAAUUCAAUUACUAUUCUGGGCCAGUAUUCUCAUUCGUUAUACCUACCGUGAGGCUUGGCAUGAUAUGGAUAUUUCUAAGCAGAUUAUGGCUCAGCAAGCCUAUCUACUUGCAGCUUUUAAGUUGCCAACUAUGAUGAUUGCAUUCUCCUUUUUCUUUCGUGUAGUCGACAAUCAAGUUUUCAUCCUCAUGCUCAUGACGAUGGAUAUGAUUACUUUACCAAUCGCCGUCCGAUUUUUUGAAGUCUACACUUGCUUCAAAAUGAUGGAUGCGGUUUCUCAAAAGAACGCCAUUGCUGAUUGCAACAAGUCAUAA